AAUAUCUCCACCCUUUUCUCGCCACUGCCCCUGCUUCUUCUUCUUCACACUGCAAGUGAACCUCAGCCACUGUAAUCCACAUGAAACUGGUAGCAGAUCCUCACUUCCGGCACUGCUCUUUCUGCUUUUCUGCACAAAAGUAAAAAUCCCUACUCUGCUUGCUCAAGUUUUGAAGCUUGGAAAUGGCUGAAGAGCUGGACAAGCCACUUCUGGGUCCUGAGAAUUUCAAUAGAGAGGGUAUUGAUCUGGAACGUUUGCCAUUAGAAGAAGUUUUUGAACAACUGAAGACAUCACAAGCAGGACUUACCUCUGAAGAUGGAGAAGUUCGAUUGAAAAUAUUUGGACCAAACAAGCUUGAAGAGAAGCCAGAGAACAAAUUUUUGAAAUUUCUGAGUUUCAUGUGGAACCCCUUGUCAUGGGUUAUGGAAGCAGCAGCAGUGAUGGCAAUUGCCCUUGCUAAUGGUGGAGGCGAGGGUCCUGACUGGCAGGACUUCGUGGGAAUUGUUUGCCUUCUUCUAAUAAAUUCAACAAUCAGCUUCAUAGAGGAAAAUAAUGCUGGUAAUGCAGCAGCAGCCCUUAUGGCACGCUUAGCUCCAAAAACAAAGGUCCUUAGAGACGGUCGUUGGCAAGAGGAAGAUGCAGCUAUUCUAGUACCAGGAGAUAUUAUCAGCAUAAAACUUGGUGAUAUCAUCCCUGCAGAUGCCCGCCUACUUGAGGGAGAUCAACUAAAAAUUGACCAGUCAGCGCUUACUGGAGAAUCACUACCUGUCACCAAGAAGACAGGCGAUGAAGUCUAUUCUGGUUCAACAUGUAAGCAAGGAGAAAUUGAAGCGGUAGUUAUAGCAACCGGGGUUCACUCUUUCUUCGGAAAAGCUGCACAUCUAGUUGACUCCACUGAAGUUGUUGGUCAUUUCCAGAAGGUUCUUACUUCCAUUGGGAAUUUCUGCAUUUGUUCUAUAGCUGUGGGGAUGAUCCUAGAAAUCAUUGUCAUGUUCCCCAUACAGGACCGAUCAUAUAGAAAGGGAAUUGACAACCUUCUUGUUCUUCUGAUUGGUGGAAUACCCAUAGCCAUGCCAACAGUAUUAUCUGUUACACUCGCAAUCGGUUCUCAUCGGCUCUCUCAACAGGGGGCUAUUACAAAAAGGAUGACAGCAAUUGAAGAAAUGGCUGGAAUGGAUGUCCUCUGCAGUGAUAAAACUGGAACACUUACCCUGAAUCGCCUUACUGUUGAUAGAAGUCUUAUUGAGGUCUUUAGCAAAGAUAUGGACAAGGAGAUGAUUGUCCUGCUUGCUGCCAGAGCAUCAAGAGUGGAGAAUCAGGAUGCCAUUGAUACUGCCAUUGUUAACAUGCUUGCUGAUCCAAGGGAGGCACGCGCGAACAUCAGAGAAAUACAUUUCUUUCCUUUCAAUCCAGUGGACAAACGCACGGCAAUCACAUAUAUUGAUUCUGAUGGCAAUUGGUAUCGUGCCAGUAAAGGAGCUCCUGAACAGAUUCUGAAUCUUUGUGAAGAAAAAGAAGAAAUUGCUGAGAAAGUGCAUACCAUUAUUGACAAGUUUGCUGAACGGGGCUUGCGAUCUCUUGGGGUUGCUAUUCAGGAAGUUCCAGAAAAAAGAAAGGAGAGUCCUGGAGGUCCUUGGAAAUUUUGCGGGUUGUUGCCAUUGUUUGAUCCUCCAAGGCAUGAUAGUGCUGAGACCAUUCGUAGAGCACUUAACCUAGGGGUUUGUGUUAAGAUGAUUACAGGUGAUCAGUUGGCAAUUGCAAAGGAGACCGGUCGACGGCUUGGCAUGGGAACUAAUAUGUACCCCUCUUCGUCAUUGUUGGGGCGUCAAAGGGAUGAAAAUGAAGUUCUUCCUGUGGAUGAGCUCAUUGAGAAGGCAGAUGGUUUUGCCGGUGUAUUUCCUGAACAUAAGUACGAGAUUGUGAAGAUACUACAAGAAAAGAAACAUCUUGUUGGAAUGACUGGAGACGGUGUGAAUGAUGCACCUGCUUUAAAGAAAGCAGAUAUUGGAAUAGCAGUGGCAGAUGCAACCGAUGCAGCAAGGAGUGCUUCUGAUAUUGUCUUGACAGAGCCAGGCUUAAGUGUGAUAAUCAGUGCUGUUUUAACCAGCCGAGCUAUAUUCCAAAGGAUGAAGAAUUACACGAUAUAUGCUGUCUCCAUAACAAUUCGAAUUGUGAUUGGUUUCAUGCUCCUCGCAUUGAUAUGGGAAUUCGACUUUCCUCCUUUCAUGGUUCUGAUAAUAGCUAUACUGAAUGAUGGGACCAUCAUGACUAUAUCAACAGACCGGGUGAAACCAUCUCCAAGACCUGACAGUUGGAAGCUUAAUGAAAUAUUUGCUACCGGCAUUGUCAUUGGCACUUAUCUUGCUUUGGUUACUGUCUUGUUUUAUUGGGUAGCCGAAAACACUUCUUUCUUUGAGGUACCAGAAUUGCACACUUGUUUCUUUGUUGCUUUUGUUAAGAAUGGGAACAAAGAUAGAAAUGAAAAACUUGAUUUUUUUUUUUCUAUUCCUGUUAUAUUUGUUAAAUUUCUGAUCUGGCUGCAGAACCAUUUUAAAGUGAGGUCCCUAUCCGGUAGCACCGAAGAAAUUUCAUCUGCUGUAUAUCUGCAAGUCAGCAUUAUUAGUCAGGCUCUUAUAUUUGUUACCCGGAGUCAAAGUUGGUCAUUUCUGGAGAGGCCUGGGACUCUUUUGAUGUGUGCAUUUGUAGUGGCUCAAUUGGUUGCCACCCUGAUAACAGUCUAUGCACAUAUUAACUUUGCUUCGAUUAGGGGCAUUGGAUGGGGCUGGGCAGGUGUUAUAUGGCUAUACAGUUUGAUCUUCUACAUCCCACUAGAUAUCAUCAAGUUCACUGUUCGCUAUGCUUUGAGUGGAGAUGCCUGGAAUCUACUGUUUGAUAGGAAGACUGCUUUCACGUCUAAAAAAGAUUAUGGGAGGGAAGAUAGGGAGGCUAGGUGGGUGCUUUCUCAAAGAACUCUGCAAGGAUUGAUGUCUGGCGAGUUGGAGAUCAAUCCAAAGGGAUCUUCUCUGAUUGCUGAACAGGCCAGGCGCCGUGCUGAAAUAGCCAGGUUAGGGGAAUUGCACACUUUAAGGGGACAUGUAGAGUCAGUUUUGAGGCUAAAAAAUUUGGACCCCAGGUCAAUUCAAUCAGCUCAUACGAUCUAAAGCCCCCCCCCCCCCCCUCCCAGAAGGACUGGACUGUACAAUUUUCUAGCGAGACAAGCACUAUUACAGUUGAUAGCAUGGCAGAUUUGUGUACAAUUUGCAAGAACCUAAGAAGCCGCUGCUGAGAAUCACAUCGACCCGUGUAGUUAAGUUGCGGAUUUUUUCGACUUUCAAAAAUAAACCUUGCCUGUUCUGCAUUUUUUCAAUAAUUUUUUUUGACUUUCAGAGAUCUAAAAUGAGCCUCUUGCAAAUAAAUCUUGCCUGUAUUGCAUUCUUUUGAUAGAGAGCUGGACUAUUUUAGUUGUUUUUUCCC